GUCCAAACGCGGAGUUUUACAAAGUCAUUGAGAACCGACCGAAGACCGACCUAACCGGGUGCAAAGAAAAAAAAGAAAAACAAAAAACAAAAGAAAAGAUUUCUUAAAACAAAAAACAAAACAAAGAAAAUUGCAGGAAUUCAAAUCAAAGUUCAAUUUCAACUGUUAUUAUUGUUGUUUUUGGUGGUGGUGAAUAUUCACAAGCCAAGUGUUUUUAAAGGAUUGUUGCCUAAAUGAACAAAAAAAAUUAAUUUUCCAUCAUCUCAUUAAGAAAAAAAGUACAACAACGAUUGGAAAAAUGCCCGUGUUAAAGCGUCUUUUCUUAAUAACCAUACUGUGUGCAGCGACACAUGCACAAGAUUAUCAAGACUAUCAGGAAAAUACUCCAAGACCUGCACCCAUAAGACUGCGACCCAGUUCCCCCCAAAUAGAUUCGCCAAGACCCACACCUGUGCCAAUUCUAAAACAAAUAAACAAACAUAAUGAAGAUGGUUCCUACACUUAUGGAUACGAAGGCGCUGAUGGCUCUUUCAAAAUCGAAACCAAAUUAGCCACUGGCGAAGUGAAGGGUAAAUACGGUUAUGUGGACGAAACCGGCAAAGUGCGUGUUGUCGAAUAUGGAGCCAACAAAUAUGGUUUUCAACCAUCCGGAGAAGGUAUAACUGUGGCACCACCCACGUUAGUUGAUGAAACAAAACGUGAACCAGAACCGGACUAUGAAGAAGAGCCAAUAAAUAGACCACAGAGACCACAGCGUAUCAAUCGUCCCCAGCCUCAGUAUAGACCGGCGCCUCCACCACCACCACCACCACAACCACGUCCCCAACCUCAAUAUGUGCAAUACGAAGAUGAGGAACCUGAACCUGAGCCACCACGCAGACCGCAAUAUGUACCACAAAAUAUACCCUCGAAAUCCGUAGGUCCCGCACCGCCCAGACUACAAAUACCAGGCGCUCAACGUACCACCGAUGUAGUAUAUUCGCCUGUUCAGAAAGUUUCUCGUCCUGAGUCUGAAUACUCGCAGAGCACAUCAUUCGGUGAUGGUGGGUCCUCACCAAAUUUGCGCUUAUCUCGCCCAAUAUACGCCCCUGCUCCCGAUACACCAUCGCCAUCGAGUGCACGUGCGCAAGGCUUUUUAGGACCAGCCUCUGGCGGCCGUCCUCUACUGGAACCCUUCCAAUUCGGACCUGGUCCAGCUCCGGCUCCUCGACCAGCACCUCAGGCUAUUCCUGUACAACAACCCCGUUAUCAGCAACCUCAACCACAGAGCCGCAGCGGAGGUGGUAGCUUAUUGGAUCAAUUGGCUAGAGACUAUGCCCUGCCGGAGGGAACCUCACAGCCAUUGCACGAUAUAUCGUUUGGCUACUAUUAGACGCUUGGGUUUCGUCCGGUUUACUCAUGAAGAUCGGCCGGCCAAGGAUAGUCAUUGAGGAGAUUUUAUGUUGCGUUUACAGUUAUUGAGUUUUAUUUUUAGUACUAGUUGAUGAUAAAUAGUUUUCAAAAAUUUUAUCUACGAAAUCGUUAAUAAUAAAGAAAAGAUUUGUACCAGUUUUGCCAAUUUUGUGGUGAUGAUAAAGUA